CUGUAAUGUAGUUGGCGCCGCUGAGGCAUUUGUUGCAGCUGCUGCCUGUGAUUGGUGUUACCCCGAGCUCCGGGAUACCCUCACCGCAUACCCCACGGGGGCAGCCAUUUUCGGGAAGGAUGUUUUCUACGGUCAGGACGUUCGGGGGUCAGCAGUACUACGAGCUGAAGAGGCAAUGUCAGAAGAAGAAAGUGCUGUUCGAGGACCCUCUGUUUCCGCCGACCAAUGACUCCCUCUUCUACAAGACCCAGCGCGUCCAAGGGGUCGAGUGGAAGCGGCCCAAGGAGUUUUGUGACAAUCCGCGGCUCUUCGUGGACGGAAUCAGCUCCCACGACUUGCAUCAGGGUCAGGUUGGAAAUUGCUGGUUCGUGGCGGCCUGCUCGUCGCUGGCGUCUCGGGAGGCUCUGUGGCAGAAGGUGAUUCCCAGCUGGAAGGAGCAGGAGUGGAACCCGGAGAAGCCGGAGAGUUACGCCGGGAUCUUCCACUUCCAGUUCUGGCAUUUCGGCGAGUGGGUGGACAUCGUGAUCGACGACCGUCUGCCCACCAUCCGCAACGAGCUGAUAUACUGUCACUCCAACGAGAAGAACGAGCUGUGGUGCGCCCUGGUGGAGAAAGCUUACGCCAAGUUGGCCGGAUGCUACGAGGCUCUGGACGGGGGGAACACGGCCGAUGCCCUCGUGGAUUUCACCGGCGGGGUCUCUGAACCCGUUGAGCUCGCAGAGGAAAACUACGCAGCCGACGCGGACAAACGCAACGAACUCUUCGAAAGAGUCCUGAAAGUGCAGAACCGGGGGGGACUCAUCAGCUGCUCCAUCAAGGCUGUAUCGGCUGCUGACAUGGAAGCGCGGCUGGACUGCGGCCUCGUGAAGGGCCACGCUUACGCCGUGACUGACGUCCGGAGAGUGCGCCUGGGCCACGGCUUGCUGGCGUUCUUUAAAUCUGAGAAGCUUGACAUGAUCCGCAUGCGCAACCCGUGGGGGGAGCGGGAAUGGAACGGAGCCUGGAGCGACAGCUCAGAGGAAUGGCAGAAAGUGAGUAAGGGAGAGCGUGAAAAGCUGGGGGUCACCGUCCAGGAUGAUGGGGAGUUCUGGAUGACCUUCGAGGAUUUCUGCAGAUAUUUCACGGACGUCAUUAUGUGCCGCUCAAUAAACACGUCGUAUCUCAGCAUCCACAAGACGUGGGAGGAGGCCGUGUUACGGAGCGCGUGGAGCCGGCACGAAGACCCCCUAAAGAACCGCAGCGGGGGCUGCAUAAACAACAAGGGCACCUACCUGCAGAACCCGCAGUUCGUCUUUGACGUGAAGAAGCCGGAGGACGAAGUCCUUAUUUGCCUCCAACAGAAAACCAAACGGACGACUCGGAAGGACGGAAAAUUUGAAAACCUGGCGAUCGGGUUUGACGUCCACCAGGUCGAGCUGAACCGCAAGUACAGGAUGCAUUCCCUGCAGCCGAAGGUGGCGAGCUCCAUCUACAUCAACUCACGCAGCGUCUUCAUGCGCAAGGACAUGAAAGAGGGACGAUACGUAAUAAUCCCGACCACGUUCGAGCCGCAUCACACCGCGGAAUUCCUCCUCCGAGUCUUCACCGACGUGCCUUCAAACUGCUGCGAGUUGAGUUUGGACGAGCCUCCUCGGACGUGCUGGUCGGGGAUGUGUGGUUACCCCCAGCUGGUGUCCCAGGUUCACGUGGUCUCUGCCACCGGACUCAAGAAGCAGGACUCUGAAGGAGGCGCCGACCCGUACGUGAUCAUCAGCUGCGAGGGGCGCAAGGUGCAGUCGCCAGUGAUAAAAGAUACUUUGGCCCCAAAGUUUGACGUGAAAGGGUUGUUUUAUCGAAAGAAGCAGAGCCAGCCCAUCGUUGUCCAGGUUUGGAACCACAAUGUGAUUAAAGACGAGUUCAUGGGUCAGGUGGUCCUAACCGGGGACCCCAACAACCAACCCACCCAGCACAGCGUCAUGCUGCAAGACAAGGGCAACAAAGACAACCCCUCUCUCUCAGGGAGCCUCCAGGUCGUUCUUUUCACCAGUAACAGCUUGACUGGGAUCUAACGUGACGCGGACCCCGCAAACCUCGACCAAACGUCUU